GCUUCGCGAGUCGGGCCCAGCUCUGAGUGGUACAGCAUUAGUAGAACGCAACCGGCAAGAGAUUUCACUUCAACGCUGCAAAGCACAUCAAGGGGCAAGAAGUAAACUCCGCUUGGGCGUCGUAAAACCCUCCUUAGUCAAUGCAGUGAGACUGUAAACCCAAUUCGCUAUUGCAACAGUGGAUUUUAGCUGAGGCUUUCACUCCCUUGGCGGCACUUUGGAAUUGUUCCUUCAACAAACCCGAGUGGUUUCAUUAGGAAAGUGCCUCGGCAGCGUCAAACCUUUCUCGCUUCGCUUGCAGAUCCAUACGCCCCUCUGUUAGUCCCAAUCGACUCCAAGAUGGCGUUGCAGUUGCCAGAGGAUUGGCCUUUAGAUGCUCAAGAGAGAGUCCAAGACCUCAUUCAAGAAAAUAACAGGCUCGUGGCUAGAGUCAUGACGCUGGAGCAUCAAGGCAGCCAAAUCACGGAUAUCGAACUACGCGAUAGGUUUGGUAAGCUAUACAAUGCCAUCUUCGAAUGGGUUCGAGACGUCCAAAAAGAUCUCGAGGAAGAGGGAUGGGAUUUCGAAGGCUUCCGAGAAAAGCUUCAGGGAGUUCCCGACGAACUGGUGGAACUCCUCAGGAGCACGGAGCAUCCUCCCGGUCUCGACUCAGAUCGACUCUUUGGAUGGGCACAGUGGCUGGCGAGGCAGAGCACUAGCAUCUCCGUCGUACUCACCCUCGUUAUCUGGCGUUUUAUAGAGAAGAGAAUCUUCGAUUUGCAGAUUCCCUUCGGCUUGGACCUCCCUCCCGAAGCUGGCAAAGUACUCAGUGCCAUCAUGGAAAACAUGCAGACUGAUGAGGGCGAGUCAUCUGCGUAUACAUGGAGAUCGGAUACGAUGACGGCUUUGCUGCACACGAAUAUGACUCGGGACCGUACGGUGCAGCGUACUAGGGAAUUACUAGAGGCUCUGCCGGAUGAGUGGCCUCUCGCCGACAUCAGCAACCAGCUUUCCCGGGCUCAUCUUAGCGGCCUCGAAAAGGAUGUCAUUGGGGAGGCAGUCAAACUCCAACAGAACAUGCAUUGCACGACGUCUAAAUACGUCCAAGAUUACCCGGAGAUAUUAUGGGGGGCUCCUCUAGAUGAGGGAGAGUCACGCAAGUGGAAUCUUCGAAGCAUUACCCAAUGGAUCCCAGUCGAGCGGCACCGCGGCAUCAAAGGGACUUUCCAGUGCCUCUUUCCAGCCAUAUUCAGGUCGAGGAGCGGCGGAGAGGAUCGUGUCCUUGUGGUCAAACCCGUAGUUUUGGUGUUUGAUGAGAUCGGACGCAACAGUACGACAGCACCACUACCAAAUGUCCAACGGCGGGAGCGAAGCCAGUCGCCGGCACCACCACCACCACCACCGCGCCACGCCGUUUCGCACAUCCCUUCACACGGGGCCAGCAACCACGAUGGAGCGAGGGAGCGCAACUCUCGAGCCGGUAAAAGGAACACGGCUGAGCCGGCGGAGCGUGAGAAGUUGUCCAGAGACGCAGGCAGGGCACGUACUUGGCCUAAACAACCAUCAGCCAAGCACCGAAGCAGGCGGAGAUCGACGCAGGAUUCUGUCCCUCUAGUCACCGAGAGUCAAUCCCGCAGCUCUUCGGCUCGGAGCAGCUUUUCGGAGUCGAGCAACGGAGAUAAACACUUAUCUCGGCACAAGAUAAAGCAACAGCAGACAACCACGCAUGACUCUCGUGCCGAUGCGGGGCGAAAACCAGCCGGGCACAAGGCAAGUCUACGGCAGGCGACUCCCGGAGCUGAGACGGACGCGGAGGAGAGGAGCGACGAUGACAACUCAACCACUCCUCGACAAACUACCGAGCAAUUACACAGGAAGGAGGAAUCAAGUCGGCAGGCUAGCGACGACGUUGGCUCACACAGUGAAGCGCCUCAGUCACGCGUGGUACACAUGGAGUCCACGCAAUUCCCUUAUUAUCUCGAGAGUAAUUGGAGAACGGACACCGACUAUGGGCAGCUCCCUGAGUAAGACUAUGAUCACGGGCAUAGGUGAGGAUAAGACAUCAACAGACAAAUGGCAAUAAACUUCAAUUGAUACUGUGUGUCGGUCGGAACGCAUGCGGUGUCCAUCUCGCGAUGACACCUUUCUUCAAACUGAAAGAAAUGAGCGGAACGCCGUUCGGGACGGGUUUUGAGAGCUCAGUAAC